AACUUUAUCAGCUUCACUUCUGGAAAGAGGAACACACCAGGAACUCGCCUUCUGUUGUCUCUCUGAAAGGGAGGCAUUCUCUCUCGCUCUCUCUCUCUCGCUCUCUCUCUCUCUCUCAUACACACACACACUAUAUGAGAGCACUUCUCGUCGCUGACACACUCCGACGUUCCUGGAUCCGCUUACAGCAGCGUCUCCGGAUUCUUCUCCAGACUAGGAGCUGCUUCCUGCUCGCCUAGGAAACUUUGGUGGACACCCUUCCCGAAAUCCUCCAGGCCUAACCCUCUCCCCCCCUCCCUCCCUGUGCCCACCGGAGGGGGCGCUUCACCAGAACCAGAACCAGAACCCGCGGCAGCCAUGGACCUGUCGCUGUGGCAGUACCAGUUCCGGGUCAUCAUGCUGGGGGACUCCACGGUGGGGAAGUCCUCUCUGCUGAAACGUUACACAGAGGACCUGUUCCUGGACUGUAUCAACCAGACCGUGGGUGUCGACUUCUACGUGCACUUCCUGGAAGUGGAGCCCGGCGUCCGGAUCAAGCUGCAGUUCUGGGACACGGCCGGGCAGGAGAGGUUCAGGUCCGUCACCAGGUCCUACUACCGUAACUCGGUGGGCGGGCUCCUGGUGUUCGACCUGACCAACCGGGCGUCCUUCGAGCACGUGCGGGACUGGCACGAGGAGGUGCAGGAGCGCGUGCGGCCGCACGCCGUGCUCUUCGUGCUGGUGGGGCACAAGAGCGACCUGGCCAGCGGGCGGGCGGUGACGCGGGAGGAGGCGGAGCGGCUGGCCGGCCAGCUGGGGGCGCCGUACGUGGAGGCCUCGUCCAAGACGGGCUGGAACGUGGCGGAUGCCGUGGAGCUGCUGGCCCGCCGGGUGUACCAGGGCCUGCGUAGCGGGGAGGUGCAGCUCCGCGGCGGCUGGGACGGCGUCAAGUGCUCCGUGCCCCGCGCCCUGGAGCUCCGCCCGCCCGAAGAGGCCGCCGCCGCCGCCGCCAACGGCAAGAAGAGCUGCGACUGUUAGCCCCGCUCGGGACACGCCGGGACGCCCUCUGCUGGUGGCGAUGAGAACUGCGUCCGAGACACGGCCGGAGUUGUUGUUGCGUGACGGGGGGGCGACCUGCUUUGAACACGGGAUUCAGGAACACGCCGCCAACAUUCAACGCGUAAGAGCAGCGGCACUGAAAGGCCCCGUCCUCAGCCAGAACUACGACUAUAACAAUAUCUGUAAAUAUGACGGGUUUUUUUUUUUUUUCGAGAGGAAUGGCACAGUCCACACCACCGCUAUGGGUAGAGUGAGGAACGAUAUUGUUGGGAUCGCUUUCAGAGUUCGGGGAUUUUUUUUUCCAGCUGCAAGGACGAUAGCAACAGUGGCAUCCAAUCAAAAAUCCAUCCGAAUUUACACAUUACAUUACAAGGCAUUUAGCAGACGCUCUUAUCCAGAGCGACGUACAACGAAGUGCAGAUCGAACACAGGGACAAGUGCGAUGAGGACACUAGAAGAAACAUGGCGUCACGUUCCAAAAGGACAGAGGAUUUACUGAACGUUAUCGUUGAUCGGCGCGGAAGCUCACAUUGUUAUUGUUAUAGUUGUAGCUCUCGGUGUGGACGGGGAUCAGGAACAAGGCGGAUACGACACGCACCAGCAGCUACGCUGCCACCUGCAGGCUCCUGGAGGAACUGCGCUAUUAACGCCGCCUCAACGUGCACCUGAUGAGCCUCCCUGAAAUAGCGCUGUGCUCCUCCACCAGCCCUGAACACGCGCCAGCGCUUGAACUUGAACGGAAGCUUUAAUGCCUUUUCAGGAUUUUUAUUUUGUGCAUGUUCUUAGCGUGGAAAAAAAAACUAUGUUCAUUGAACCUAAUAUUAACCCAUAUCAAUUAAUAUCAACCCAUUUCUCUGUUAUGGGUCAGGGAUGUAAUUUAAUAUUUUAAAUGUUUAAUCUCAGGCAAAGUGGGCAGCGUCCGUGGUCAGUGCAUUGAUUUUAUCAGAAUACAUCAGCCUCUCCUCGCUUCUAAUUUGUGAAACCAAGAAGCACUUCCUCAAACCGUAAAGCAGAAGUCUGAUCAUGUGAUCACUCAGGUACAUAUGAGGUUUUGGUGCCCAUUACCUGUGUCCACCAGCUCCGUGUAACCAGUGCCAAAAUAAACAAUGCAUCUUCAGUUUGUACGUUUCUGAAA